AUGAUUGGAAAAUUAAUAUUGGCCAAAGAAUUUGGCCAUUCCUUUUGGUGGCCUGCAAAAAUAAUUUCAGAAGAUGAUGAAGAUAUUGAUAAAUCAUUAUUAAAAAAGAGGAUAUCAAAUUCAUUAAUUGUUUUCUUUUUAGGUACUCAUCAUCAAGCAUGGGUUAAAGAUAAUAAUAUUAAAGACUUUUCAAAUAAUAAUUUGGAUCCACAAUUAGUUCCGGAUCAAUUAACAGAAUAUUUCGAGUUGGCAAUAAAAGAAGCAAAUCAAUUAUAUAAUAAGAGUAAACAAAAGCAAUAUAUUAAACCAAUUGAUAAUGAUGAAAGAGAUAUUUAUAUCGAAGGUCAAGAUUAUGACGAUGAUGAUAGUGAUCAAUAUUAUGAAGAUGAAAAAUAUAAUAAUAAUAGUAAUAAUAAUAAUAAUAGAAAUAAUAAUAGUAAUAAUAACUCUAAAAAUAACAAUAAUAUCAACAUUAGAAAUAAAAUCAAAGAUUAUAAUGAUUAUAAUGAUGAAAUUGAUAGUAGAACUAAUUCCUAUAGAAUGAAUGAUAAUAAUGGUGGUGAAUUUGAUCGUAAAAGAUUAAGAGAUUCUCCUAGUAAAUCAUACUUAAACAACAACAACAACAACAACAACAACAACAACAACAACAACAACAACAACAACAACAACAACAAUAAUAAUAAUAAUAAUAAUCACCACAAUCACCAUCAUCAUCACCAUAGAAAAGAAGAACAUCAUUCACAACCAACCAUUGAAGAAGAGGAAGAGGAGGAAGAGGAAUAUGAUACUAACAGUGGCGCCAAUGGGGAAUUAAGAAUUGAUAGUAAAGAUGAAAUUGAUGAAGAUGAUGAAUUGGAGAAUAGAUAUAUUGGAAUCAAUAGAAAUGAGGACAAUAAUAAUAACAACAACAACAACAAUAAUAAUAAAAAUAAAAAUAUUAAUAAAGAUGAUGAUGAAGAAGAAGAGGAAGAAGAAAAUAAUAACUUAGAAUUGAUUCCAAAUCAUCCUGUUAAAAAGAGAAAAUCAUUUGAUGGUACUGCUGAUUAUGACGAUUCUGUUCAAAAAGUUUGUGAAAAACAAUCUCAAAAGGAUGAAGAAAAUAAAAAUCAAACUUCUGAAGGCACAAAUUCAAAUAAUAGUAAUAAUAGUAAUGUACCAACUUCACCAUCGUUAUCAUCUGCAAAAAGAGUUUUAUUAAUUAAGCCACCAAGAUCGCCUGCUAUUAAUUCACGCCCACUCAAUAAACCAUCUGUUAUUAUCGGUAAUCAAAAUAAUAGUUCAUCUCCAUCUAUUACUCAAAUUACAAAACCAAUAAAUUCACCAACUUUUAAAUCUCAAAUUUCAUCUCCUUCUCCAUUACUAUCUUCAAAUAAAAUUGCAAAUAUGAUGUUACCAUCAAGUCCUGGAAUGCAUUCAAAAAUUAUUCCAAAUAACGUUAUGAGUGCUUUAAUUCAGAAAAAGAAUGGUCAAUCUCCAGUUUUAUUGUCUUCUCCAAAUGGAAUGAGAGCUCAACCACAACCUUUAAAUUUACAACCUCAACAACCUCAACAACCUCAACAACCUCAACAACCUCAACAACCUCAACAACCUCAACAACCUCAACAGCAACAACCUUCACAAUCUCAACAACAAAUACCUCAACAGCAAACACAAUCACAACAAAAUAAAGUUGGGUUAACAUCACCAUUAAUAUCAUCUACUAAUCCUUCAAAUGUAAAUAAAAGUCCAAUCACAAUUUCUAUUCCAAGAUUUAAAAAAAAUCCAAAUACUCCAAAUAUGACAUCUUCUCAACAAUCUCAACAACAACAGCCACCACCUCUACAACAACAGCAACAGCAACAACAACAACAACCAUCUUCAUCUCCAUCAUUUACAUCAACAAAUAGUGGUCCAAUGAAUGGUAUGCCAAUUCUUCCACCACAAAUGAUGUCUCCAUUAUCGACUUCGUUCCAAAUUCCAAAUCAAUUUAGAAAUAAGAAUAAUCUAUUCCCACCUUCACCAUCAAUGAAUAGAAAUGGUGCAAGAGUUCCACCAUCACCAUUAAUGUCAAUGGGAAUGAAUCCUCUACAACAUGCUAAUAGUAUUAGUGGUGAAAAAUUAAAUACUGUUGAUGAGGAUGGAAGUAAAUCACCACCAACUAAUAGUCAACAACAAGCUCAACAACAACAACAAGCUCAACAACAACAACAACAACCACAUCCAAAUAUGGUGAAUCCACAAUUUCCGAUGUUUCCAUUAUUUGGUAUGGUACCAUUUAAUAUAAAUACACCAAUAAGUAUGGAAACUACAUUUAAUAGUCCAUUUAAUGGAAAAUUUGCAAUUAAAGGUUCAGUUGAUUUUGGGUUCCAAAUUGAAUGUAAUAUUAUGGGUAAAAGUUUGAAAGGUUUUCUAGGCGACCCAUCAACAAUGUUGAAUCCUCAACAAGCUGCAGCUGCAUUCCAACAACAACAACAUCAAUAUAUCUUACAACAACAAUUACUACAACAACAACAACUACAACAACAUCAACAACACCAACAACAACACCAUCAACAACAACAACAACAACAACAACAACAACAACAACAACAGUAUAAUCCAAUGCAAUUCUUUGGAAAUCAAGUACCAUUAUCUCCAAUGCCUGGUAAAUCUCCAUUCUUAAAUCCAAGAAGAAAUAGUGUCAGUACCGCUGAGGGUUUAAAUCAUCAAUUUGAUUACCCAAAUUAUGUAAAUAUGCAAAAUUGGAUCGAAUCAUAUAAACAAUGGCAAGAUAUUGUUCAAAAAUCAAUAUCACAACAAGUACAACAAGCACAACAACAAGCACAACAUCAACAACAAGCACAACAAGCACAACAAUUAUCGUCAUCAUCAUCAAAUAAAGAUUCAUCAACACAACCAACACCAAUUCAAACACCAAAAAAUGGUCCUCAUAUAAUUGUAAAUAGUGUAAAUAGUAAAAAAGAUGACCAACAAACUUCAACGUCAUCAACAUCAUCAUUAUUAUCCGCAAAUUCGACACCAACAAAGACAUCUGUAGGAGGAAGUGAAAAUGUUUCAGAUAAUCCAGAUUUUUUAAGUUUUAAACAAAAUGCAUUCCAAAAGUUAGAACAAUAUCAAAAGAUUCAAUUAAUAAAUUUAUUGGCUAAACAAGAAGAAUCAAAUAAUUUAUUAUUGGAAACUUUUGAAAAGGAUAAAUUAGCCGCUCAGGAACAAUCAAAUGAUGAGUUGGUGACAAAAUUACAAAUUAAAUUUAAAGAAGAUCAAGAAAAACUUCAACAAACUCAUAAAGAACAAAAAACAAAAUUGGAUUCAACUCAUCAAUAUCAAGCAAUAAAAUUCCAUAAUGAAGUUGAAAAACAAUGGUUGAUUCAAAGAAAUAAUAAGAGUUCGAAAUCAUCUUUAUCACCAAUUGGUUCUCCGGCAUUAACCCCAUUUAUAUCACCUUCACCAUCACCUUCUCCUUUAUUAUCAUCUUUUGGAAUUGGUAAUAGUCCAUUAAAUACACCAUCACAUAAUCUACUAUUGAAACAACAUCAACUACAUCAUUCAUCUUUAUCAGCAACCACUAGUAAUAGUGGUAGUGGUAAUACAAGUGGUAGUGGUGGUGGCGGUGGUAGUGGCGGUGGUAAUAAUAAUAACUCUUCGAAUAGUGCAUCAACUUCUGUUGGAAAUUCAUUAACAAAUUCAUCAGGUGGUGGUGCUCCUCCUCCAUUAUCACUCUCUUCAAAUUCACCACCAAGAUCACCUAAUGAUAUUAAAUUAACUAUUCCAACAAAUUCAAUAACUUCAAAAGAUGAUAAUUGUAUUGUUGAAAAAGAUAAAACUUUUGAAAAGGAAAAAGAUAAUAUUGUAAAUAAUAAAGAAAUAGAUAAAGAUAAGGAAAAGGAAAAGGAAAAAGAAAAAGAAAAAGAAAAAGAAAAAGAAAAAGAAAAAGAAAAAGAAAAAGAAAAAGAAAAGGAAAAAGAAAAAGAAUCUAUAAUACAAAAACAAACAAAAGAUAUUGAGAUGAAAGAUGCUUCUCUAUUACAAGAAGUUUAA